UUUGACCGAUCGUCUCAAUAUUUCGUCGGUGCAGUUUGCAGCGAGAUAAAAAGAGAAGUUUUCUCAGAAAAUUUACAAUUUGACGACCAUGUAAAUGACCAAAUAAAACAAUUUCUGCAAUUGGCAAUUUUGGUUUCAAUCAAUCAUGCCGAUUAAAUUAAUCCGAGAGUUCGGUCGAAGAGAGAAAUUGUAGAGAUGGUCCUUUUAAAUAUGAAUAUGCACGUGCGCAAUGCGAAACGUGACUCGAUGGAAAUUGAAUUGAUAAGGCCAGCCAAGCCGCGCCGCCGCCACCGCCGCCGCCUCGCGGGAUCGCGUCAAGCGACUAGCGGAGUGAAGUCUGCGGAAUCAGUCAAUCCAUCCAACAUGGUGCUGGAAAGUACGAUGAUAUGCGUCGAUAAUAGCGAUUACAUGAGAAAUGGAGAUUUCGUACCUACCCGGCUACAGGCGCAGCAAGACGCUGUCAACCUGGUGUGUCACUCCAAGACACGUUCGAAUCCCGAGAACAACGUGGGCCUCAUAACUCUCGCCAACGUUGAGGUACUGGCUACACUCACGAGCGAUGUCGGAAGAAUAUUGUCUAAACUCCAUCAGGUUCAACCCAAUGGAAAGUUGGCUCUCAUCACAGGCAUCAGAAUUGCCCAUUUAGCAUUGAAACAUCGUCAAGGCAAAAAUCAUAAAAUGCGUAUCGUCGCGUUUAUCGGAAGUCCAAUAGACAUCGACGAGAAGGAAUUGGUCAAGUUGGCGAAACGUCUGAAAAAGGAGAAGGUGAACGUCGAUGUCAUAAGUUUCGGCGAGGAGAGCAUCAACAACGAAGUAUUGACUGCCUUCGUUAACGCGUUGAACGGCAAGGAUGGCACCGGAAGUCAUCUCGUCACUGUUCCACCUGGUCCACAUUUGUCAGAUGCCCUGAUCUCCUCGCCUAUAAUUCAAGGCGAAGACGGCAUGGGUGCAGCUGGAAUGAGUGGCGCCGCGUUCGAGUUCGGCGUCGAUCCAAACGAAGAUCCCGAGCUCGCGUUGGCUUUGCGCGUCUCUAUGGAGGAGCAACGGCAACGUCAAGAAGACGAGGCCCGUCGCGCACAGGCGAACGAGACUGCCGCGAAUAAGCAACCGGAGACUAUAAAGGAAGCUCCCAACGAGGAGGCGAUGCUGAAACGUGCUCUCGCCAUGUCUCUUGAAGGAGCAGACGAUUCGACUGCCGCUACUGAUAAUACUGCUCCAUGCAGAGGCACUGUGCCGGAUUUCACCAACAUGACAGAAGAAGAACAAAUCGCUUUCGCUAUGCAAAUGUCCAUGCAAGAUCAGCAGGAACUGGAAUCACAAAAGGAAGAAGCGAUGGACGUGGAGGAGGAUUAUGCAGCCGUCAUGUCCGAUCCUGCUUUUUUGCAAUCGGUCUUGGAAAAUUUGCCAGGCGUGGAUCCGCAUUCUGAAGCAGUGCGCCAAGCCGUCGGAUCAUUACAACAAAACAAAGACAAAGAGAAAGAGAAGGAGAAAGAUAAAGAGAAAAAAUAAACGGCUCCUUAGUGCAUUUCGUAUUUACAUUUGUGGCUAAAUUUGACAUUUUCCAUUAUUGUGUAUGAUAUUGUAGCUAUUCUAUCUUGCUUAUGAAAUAUACUAUCAAUUUACCGAAACUGCCCAACUUAGUUUUAACAGUGUCGCGCGUACACGAUUUGAAUAAUCUUUAUUAGCAGCACCAGUCUGGCAAACUGGUAUCAUCAGUAAUUAACAUGUUACGAUAAAACUGAUUGUAUUACUUAAAUACAUGUUUGUAAAGAUUCACUUUUUUGAGCGAAUUGAUUGUUCUUCGAGAGCGACGAGAUGACAGAACUCCAAUUAACUUAAUCGACGAUUGUUUUAACCGGCAAGAUUAUUUAAAAUAAAAUUUUUAACUGUA